UUUCAGAUGGCCGCCUCCUGAUCCCGAGCGUGUGCUUGUGCGAGGAGAAAGUGCUUUAGCAAGCUGGGAGCUCGAUGGCUGCCACGACGCUCCUGCGCACGGUUGCGCGGGGACUCUUCGGCCGCAGCUUUCUCACCCCCGAAGCUCGGCAGCUGGCCAGUCCGGGAGUUUGUCACUCAUUCCAUGUGAGGGAGCCCCCCCGCCCCAAAGAAGUUGAUCGAUGGACAGAGAAGCGAGCACUAUUUGGAGUCUAUGACAACAUUGGAAUUCUGGGAGAUUUUUUAGCCCACCCUAAGCACCUGAUCCGAGGUCCCAAGUGGUUACGUGGCUGGCAGGGGAAUGAAUUGCAGAGAUGCAUCCGCAAAAAGAAAAUGGUUGGUGAUCGAAUGUUUAUUGAGGAUUACCAUAACUUGAACAAGAGGAUUAAAUAUUUGUUCAAGCGUUUUAACCGCACUGGAAAGCGUCGCUAAGAAUUGCUUCUUGAGAACAAGCAUCUGUUUUUAAGAACAUCGUCCAUUUAUGGAAAACAUUUGUCUUCCUACUGUGCAGAGACAGCUGCGUGUGAAAAUCAUACAAUUGAUCCUAAUUUCUGAUACGUUUUUGUUGUACAUCUUCCAUUUCAUCUGCUAAUAUAUUCUUCUACGAUGUGCUGAAAUUCUUUUCCUGGAGGUCUUCUGGUUAAUAUCUGGAGUUGUACCCCCUCUUCUAUUUCAACCAUGUUUGUGUUUUUGAAUUCACAAUAGUUGCUGUAUAGUCUCUGUAAUGCUUCACAGCAUUUUUCUAUACACUUUCAUAUGUCACAAAA